CACCAAUCCAUCACAUUCGCCCUUUCUGAGAUUCUCGUGGUUUUUGCACACAUCGUGCUCUGCUCUGUCCUGCUCUUCAUUUCCCUUUUCCAAUUUUCACAUAAAAUACAUUUCCAAAAAUGUGACCACUCUUUCUCUCAUUUCCCCAAUCAUCAAUCUACUUUCAUUACAUUAUUAUUAUUAUUAUUAAUCAUUGUAUGAAUUUAUUCAACAUAAUCGCCUUCGCCUCAAGAUCAGCCAAUCUGAUUUUGAUUUCCGGCUGCUGGGCAAUUAUGACCGUCGCCGUCGACGGCGAAAAGGUGUGGCGGAAGGCGGCGGCGUGCGGCGGGAGGAUCCAGCAGCUGCAGCACUACUCGCGGUCGCGGAAGGUGAGCAAGAACUGGUGGCGGAAGCUCCUGGUGGCGUGGCUGCUGUUCGGGUCGGCGGCGGCGCUGUCGGUUUUCUGGUACAUGAAUUCUCAGGCCGCCGAGAAGAGGAAGGAGACCCUGGCCGGCAUGUGCGACGAGCGUGCCAGGAUGCUUCAGGAUCAGUUCAACGUCAGCAUGAACCACAUCCAGGCCAUGUCCGUCAUGGUCUCCACCUUCCACCACAGCAAGUCUCCCUCCGCCGUCGAUCAGAGAACGUUCGCGUGGUUCACCGAGAAAACCGGCUUCGAGCGGCCGCUAACAAGCGGCGUGGCGUACGCCGUCCGGGUGCUGCACGCCGACCGCGACGAAUUCGAGGUCCGGCAAGGAUGGAGCAUCAAGAGAAUGGACAAUGUGGAGCAAACGCCGGUGCACGAAGACGAGUACGAUCCGGCCGACCUUGAGCCGUCACCGGUGCAAGAGGAGUAUGCCCCCGUCGUCUUCGCACAAGACACCGUUGCGCAUAUAAUAUCCAUCGACGUACUUUCGGGCAAGGAAGAUCGAGACAACGUGUUGCGGGCUAGAGAAUCCGGGAAGGGCGUGCUCACAGCGCCGUUCCGGUUACUCAAAACCAAUCGCCUCGGCGUGAUAUUAACGUUCGCCGUAUACAAGCGUGAUCUUUCGCCUACGGCGACUCCUCACGAGAGGAUCCAAGAAACGGCGGGGUAUCUCGGCGGGAUCUUCGACAUCGAAUCGCUCGUCGAGAAGCUGCUCCAACAGCUCGCGAGCACGCAAACGAUCCUCGUGAAUGUGUACGACAUGACGAACUCCUCGCACCCGAUCAGCAUGUACGGAUCAACCACCUCAUCGGAAGGGCUGCACCACGUCAGCCCCCUCAACUUCGGCGAUCCGUUCAGGAAACACGCGAUGCAUUGCCGGUUCAAGCAGAGGGCCCCGUGGCCGUGGGUCGCGAUCACCACGUCGGUCGGCAUCCUUAUAAUCUCGUUGCUCGUGGGACAGAUCUUCCACGCCACGGUGAACCGGAUAGCCAAAGUCGAAGACGACUACCACAAGAUGAUGGAGCUGAAGAAGCGCUCGGAGGCAGCCGACAUCGCCAAGUCGCAGUUUCUUGCGACGGUAUCGCACGAAAUCCGAACACCGAUGAACGGCGUCCUUGGAAUGCUGCAUAUGCUCAUGGAUACAGAGCUCGACGAAACUCAGCAGGAUUACGUUCGAACUGCACGCAGCAGCGGGAAGGCUUUAGUUUCGCUGAUCAACGAGGUUUUAGACCAAGCGAAGAUCGAAUCCGGAAAACUUGAGCUCGAGGCAGUUUGCUUCGACUUGAGAGCGAUUCUCGACGACGUCUUGACAUUGUUCUCAGGGAAAUCGCAAGACAAGAGACUCGAGUUGGCUGUAUAUGUCUCUAGUAGAGUUCCGGCGACACUAGUUGGCGAUCCGGGAAGGUUCCGACAGAUUGUGAUGAACUUGGUCGGAAACUCGAUCAAAUUCACCGAUAAGGGACACAUAUUCGUCACAGUCCAUCUAGUCGAAGAAGUGAUCAAAUUGAUAGAUGAGGAGUUCGACACGACGAAUACUCUGAGCGGUGUGCGCGUAGUCAAUGGCAGGGAGAGUUGGCCGAGCUUCAACCGAGACAGCGCUGUGCGUUCUUCUUCUUCUUCUUCUUCUUCAUCGUCAUUGUCGUCUGAACAAAUAAACCUUAUCGUAUCCGUGGAGGACACAGGCCAAGGAAUCCCGGUCGAAGCUCAAUCCCGCGUGUUCAACCCAUUCAUGCAAGUCGGACCCUCGAUAACACGAACGCACGGCGGGACGGGGAUCGGGCUGAGCAUCAGCAAGUGUUUGGUGCGCCUCAUGAACGGCGAGAUCGGGCUCGCAAGCUCGCCCCAAGUCGGAUCGACUUUCACUUUCACCGCAGUUUUCGCCAACGGAUGUUCCGACUUAAACGACCGGAUCAGUCAGCAAGUGAGCAGCCAGUCGAAUUCACUGUCAUCGGAGUUCCAAGGCAUGGAAGCUCUGGUAAUCGACUCGAAUCCCAUCCGAGCAAACGUCUCCAAAUAUCACAUCGAGCGCUUGGGAAUACACGUCGAAGUCGUCUGCGACUCCAGUCGAGACUUUUCAAGCUUAAACCCGAGAAACACCCCGAUCAACAUGGUUUUCGUAGAAGAGGAGAUAUGGGAGAAGGACAAGGGCAUCCAUCUUCGACUUUCCGCGACUUUAAGUACCAAUCAAACGGUCGCGCCUACAAUGCUUAUUUUAUCCAAGUCGUCGAAUGUCUCCCCCGGCGCCGGUUGUCCUAAUCCAUUUGUCGUCGUAAAGCCACUUAGGGCAAGUAUGCUCGCAGCAUCCCUACAACGUGCCAUGGGCGUAGGAAACCGAGGAAAAGUCGAGCUUCAGACAUUGUCCCUCAACAAUCUCCUCCGCGGGAGAAGGAUUUUGGUCGUCGACGACAAUCCGGUGAAUCUCCAUGUAGCCGAUGGAGCAUUGAAACGUUACGGCGCCGAUGUAAUCCUUGCGGAGAGAGGGAAGGACGCAAUCUCGUUGCUAACUCCCUUUCAUCGUUUCGAUGCCUGCUUCAUGGAUAUCCAGAUGCCCGAAAUGGAUGGGUUUGAAGCUACAAAGAGGAUCCGGGAGAUCGAGUCCAGCAUCAACGACCGUCUCCGGUCAGGGGACCUCUCCGUGGAGGAUUUCGGGAGCAUCUCGAACUGGCACGUGACUAUCUUGGCCAUGACAGCCGACGUAAUUCAAGCCACCAACGAAGAAUGCUUGAAGUGUGAGAUGGAUGGCUACGUAUCGAAGCCAUUCGAGGCUGAUCUGCUUUAUCGCGAAGUAUCACAGUUCUUCCACACUGCGACACCCGAUGAGAAAUCCCAAGAAAUGCCGCCUUCUUGAUGCUGCUGUCGAAUCUUGGUGAUCAAAAUCUACCGGUAGAUCGCGGGCAUUCGAGACCUUUCAAUUGGAUGUCUUCUUAUGCACACUCUAUCCAUUUCCUGCAUAACUCUUACCAUGAAUGAGCAAAGCUUUUGUACAUUAGAGUGUAAAAUAACAUUUGCAGAAUAGUUUGGGUACAGAAUUGAGAUGAAUAAUCGAAUUUUCUUUC